AUGGCAAUUGCACGGACUGGAGUGUACGUCGACGACUAUCUUGAAUACGCAAGCACAUUGCCUGCUGAGCUCCAGAGGCUCCUCAACACCAUCCGAGAACUCGACGAACGCUCCCAAUCCAUGAUACACCAGACGAGGCAGCAGACUAAGUACUGUUUGGGAUUGUCUUCACAGAGCUCAAAGAAAUGGAACAAUAACCAUAACUAUAAUAACAAUGAAGAAGAUGAAGCGGCAAUUGAGAAAAUCCGAAAAGAAAUCGAAGCAAAUCAAGAUAAUGCAUUGAGUCUGUGUACUGAGAAGGUUUUGUUGGCGCAACAAGCUUAUGACCUGAUAGAUAGUCAUGUAAAACGACUUGACGAGGAUCUGAAUCACUUUGCAGAAGAUUUAAAGCAAGAAGGAAAAAUACCACCCGAUGAACCAGCAGUUCUUCCUCCAUUACCUAUAGUCCCUAAAAAUGAAAAGCGCAAGCCUAUGUAUGUAACACCUCAAUCAAAAAGGCUUGAUUUUAGGGAUAGGGACUGGGAUCGAGAGCGCGAUAGGGACUUUGAACUCAUGCCUCCCCCAGGAAGCCAUAGAAAGGAAUAUGCUGUCCCUGUUGAUGUUGAGCAACCCAUUGAUCCAAAUGAACCUACCUACUGCGUUUGCCAUCAGGUCUCUUUUGGAGAUAUGAUUGCCUGUGACAAUGAAAAUUGCCAAGGAGGCGAAUGGUUCCAUUAUGCAUGCGUUGGGCUGACACCAGAGACAAGAUUCAAGGGAAAGUGGUAUUGUCCAACAUGCAGACUACAACCACAAAAUUCUUACCUGUAUCUAUUUCUUUGCUCUUCCCUCUUUAACAACUUACCCCCUUCUCCUUUUCCUGCUUUGAAGUUGCUGCUCAAAUUUGAUAGGAAAGCAGAUGAGGUUGAGAAUCAUCUUGUGACAUUAGCAGUGAACAAAAAUUCUCGGCUUUGA